AUGGCUUCUCCAGGUGCUGGCCCGCCGUCGAUGACUCGACCUGAAUCGAAGGAUGGCUCCAAAGAUGACGAGAAGGACCUCGGAAUCGAGCCAGUGACCACCACUGAAAUGGGCAAUUCGGAAGAGUAUACGGAGGAGGAUUACAAGAAGUUGACGCGGAAGAUUGACCGAUAUCUCAUUCCAACCAUGUUCUUCAUGUAUGGCAUCCAACAAACCGACAAGACGUCCAUCAGUAUUCAGGCGCUUUUUGGCAUGAACACCGAGCUGGGACUGCAUGGACAGCAGUACCAGUGGUUGACAACCAUCUUUUACAUCACGUACCUCGUCGGCGAGUUUCCGUCCACCUGGUUGCUGCAGCGGUACAACCUCGGCCGUGUUCUGACCGCGUACAUGGCUGCCAUUUGUCUCCUCUGCAUCAGCGCAUGCAACAAUUGGGCCCAGUUGAUGGCGCUCCGCGCCCUUCAGGGCUUCUUCGAAUGCAACAUCUCUCCUGGCUUUCUCCUAAUUACUGGCGCAUGGUAUCGCACGUCUGAACACGCCCAGCGCUCCCUGUUCUGGCAAUCUUCGCAAGGCUUCUUCACAAUAACUUGUAACCUGAUCUUGUACGGAAUCGCCCGACACGCUGUGGCAAAGGGCGACAUUGCAGCCUGGCGCACGAUUUCUCUCUUCCUCGGCGGGCUCACACUCAUCGGUUCCAUCUUUUGCUAUUUUGUCCUUGGGAUGCCCCAAAAUGUCCCGUGGUUGACCGAAGCGGAGAAAAGAAUGGCAAUCGCGCGAGUCAGCCAGAAUCAAAUUGGAGAGGAGACCGCCAACAAGGCAUGGAAUUGGGAUCACGUCUGGGAAUGCUUCAAGGACCCGCAGGUGUAUUUUGGCUUUUUCAAUACGUUUCUAGCAUGCAUCCCUAAUGGGGGCAUUACCACCUUCAGCUCUCUACUCUACGUCACCUUCGGUUUCGACACAUGGCAAUCUAUGCUUUGGGGUUUACCCCGUAAUGGUAUCGUCCUCCCUAUUCCUGUUCGCCCCGCUCUUGUUCCGAGGCUUGGUUACUUGGCUAUUUACGUUAUUGUCUUCAUCCUUGUCGCCUGGUACCUUCGGAAAUUCCAGAAUCAGCGCAUGUUCAUCAUGAUCAUCUCAUGCAUCUUACCUUUUGUUGGUAUGCUAGUGAUGUCUCUGAUGCCAAACACACCGGAGCACAAAUGGCUCAAAUGGGGCAUGUUCGACGUUACUGUGGUCUUCUCUCUAUCGCUGUUCCUCGGAUGGAGUUUAAUUACCUCCAACAUUGCAGGGACGACGAAAAGAACAGUAGUUUCGUCCAUGACACUGAUUGCAUACUGUGGUGGGAAUAUGGUCGGUGCUCAGGUUUUCCAAACCAAAGAUGCCCCUCGCUAUGUCGGUGGCACAAUCGCGUGCUCUGCCUGCUUCGGUCUUCAAAUCUUGGUCAUCAUCUGCUGGAGGCUUUGGUACAUGAGAGAAAAUAGGCGCCGAGACCGGGCUCUGGCUGAGAGUGACAUCUCUGAGGAAGAACAAAAGCGGCUCGGCAGUGAGUUGGGAAAGCGGGAUACGACAGAUUUGAAGAAUCCUUACUUCAGGUACGCCAUGUGA